GGAUGCUCCCACAUGCACUAUUCACACCAGACAGAGACCCUUCUUCCCCAUCGCCAUCCUCGUGUGCAUACAUAACUAUCUGUUGUCUGUCUCCCACCGCCCACCUUCAUUGUUCUCUACUUCUUACGUAUGAGAUACCAUAUCCGUACAUAUACCUCCCUGUUCCAGCAUCGACAUCGAAUUCCUGUAUCCAAGUUGGCAUUGGCACACUGAUCCCAUCAAUUCACACAUAUACUUUACACAAGAUCCACUGCUGUCAUGACCGUCUCUGCCGCCCAGUCGGCCCCUCAGGCCAAGGAUACUACGGCGGCUCGUAAGCGCAGAAGACGUGCUCCCGCUGGUGGUGCCGCUGAUGACUGCUUCACCUGCCUCAAGCGCGGCGUCAAAUGUGACCGUCGCCGGCCAUACUGCUCUCAGUGCCUCGAAGUCAGCAACGAGUGCUCGGGGUACAAGACACAGCUGACCUGGGGUGUUGGAGUUGCGAGUCGGGGCAAGCUUCGCGGCCUGUCGCUACCCGUUGCCAAAGCGCCACCCGUCACUCGAGAGCCCAAAAGAUCACCAGGCGGUGCUCGUGCCAGAGCCAACAGCGCUGCCAUGGCCACAGCAAGCAUGAAUGCUGGCUCCAAUGCCAACACCCGCCCACACGUCAACCACCAUGGCCAUCGCCUCAGCACGAGCUCGGCGGGCUCGAUGCCGUGGCCUGAACGCGAAGACCCCAGGCUUCACGCGGCUCCAAUGACUUCUCGAGGGCCUAUUGAUAUUCCAUCGGUUUCACACGCCGCCGCCUCGGCACCGACGACCCCGUUCGGCAUGGCAGGGUAUGAUUACCUCUCUCUGUCACAUUCGGACAAUGCACCAGCCAUGGGACACGGCAACUGGGGCAGUGUGGCCUAUUCUCCGAGUAUGGUGCACUCGCCCGAUGCGCACACUCGCUUCAACAAGUUUCCCCUUGCGCUCGCCACGGAUGGCCUAUCUUCCUCGGUCAGCUCGGUGAACAGCGAUGUCGACUACAUGUCCCCUCUAAGCCAGUCAUACCCUCGCGAGGAGCUUCCCUUUGUCAACAGCCCGUCUCUCAUGUACGACAACUUCAGCACGCACCAGAGCUCUCCUGCACCACAAAGCCCGCCUUCCAGCAUCAACAUCGACCACUCGCGUGCGCCUACAUCGUAUCCAGGAAUCGUCUACACACCUUCCGAGCACGGCUCCAGCCUUGGCUCCCAUCAUCUCGACGUCUUCGAGUCUCAAUUCAGCCAGAAAAUGAUGAGAGAGAGUGAUGGCUUCAGUUCCCAAGGACGGAACGCUGCCUUGCCGCCUUGCAACAGAUCGCCUCAACCUCAGCAGCAGCAGCGAUUGCGCUCACCCCAAGAGACCUCACCAUCCCCUCGAAGCGAGCCAUCGUCGAAAUGGGCCAACGAGCCGACGGCCAUCCCACAGGAUCUGGCCACACGGAUGCCUUUUUUCAUGGACUACUAUCACAGCACUCUUUGUCCAACCAUGGUCUUCAUCGAUGGUCCAUCAAAUCCCUUCAGAGAGAAUGUGCUGGAACUGGCCGAGACGAGCCCGAGUCUUCAGCAUGCAAUUUGUGCUCUUUCGGCCUGCAACUUGAGGAUGAAGCGGAAGCUGAGUCUGGGUCAGGAUACCCAGACGUUGAUGGCUAAGCUUUUUGUCGAGAAGCAAACUGCCGAGGCAGUAGCUGACACGCAAAUCGACGACCCGGCAUUGUCUGAGGAGUAUCAGCAUCGCAACCUCGCCGUGCAUUUGCUCAACCAGCAACUCAAUGAUCCUGUCAAGUCGAGCCAUGAUUCAGUUUUGGCAACGAUUCUUCUGCUUUGUCACUACCGCAUGGUUGAGUCUGGUGUUGCCAAAUUCCAGACACAGUUUGCUGGCAUAGGAAAGAUCCUUUCCAUCCGGAAGGCUCAACAACUUGAGGCGAGUGAGCCGUCAUGGAUGCAAGGACUUUUCCAGCACUUUGACGCGAUCUCGGCUAGCAUCAACGACCGAGAGCCGCAACUGUCAGGGUCGACUGGCUUGUCUGGCGACCAUGACAACGUCGAUGCCCUUCCGUUUGGCAUCGAGAACCUGGUUGGCUGUGACCGGGAGCUAUUCAAGACCAUCAGCAGGCUGGGACGUCUCAACCUCGUGUCGCAGCACCGACCUGUGCACAAUCUGGCGACGACCCCUGACGAGUCCCACCGCCCACACUCACCUUUUGGUAUGCCUAUGAGCCGCGGCCACCGCGGUAGUAUUAGCCACGCCGUCAACCAGCCGGUUAGUGAACUGCGCGGUUUGCCGCUUGGGGCUCGGUUUGAUGGCAAUGGCUUUGGCGCCUUGCUGGACGAGGAGGAUGCGAUCACAUCAACCGCUCGGUCUACGGGUGCCUACGAUGCUCAUCGCGCCGUCUUCUGGAAGGAAUGGAAGGAGGUCCGCCUAGCGCUCCAGAGCUGGCAGUUCGACUCGUGCACUGUGGGAGCGAGCCUGCCAGGACCACCAACUCAGCUUCAGGUCCGGGAUCUUGGCUCACUCUCCGAGGCUUUUCGUUACGCAGCUCUUCUCUACACUGAGCGACUCGCAAGUCCCACCCUCCCUUCGAGCCACACCAACUUUCAAAACCUGGUCAGCCAGGUUGUCUACUACGCCACCAGCCUCGAGCCUGAGAGCGGGGCUGAGAAGUUCCUGUUGUGGCCGCUCUUUGUGGCAGGUUCCGAAUGCGUGAACGAACUACAACAGAAUAUCAUCCGGAACAAAUGUCGCGACAUGAUGAGUCGCUCCGGCUACAUGAACAACCUAUCGUCCCUCGAUGUCCUGGAAAAGCUAUGGGCCACCGAACUCAAGGAAUCGGAAGGCAGAAGCCCUGGCACCAGACUGCACAUUGUGGGACGCCGAAGCCCCUUCAAUUGGGCAAAGUGCAUUGGAGGCACCGGCGACAUGGAAUGGAUCAUGUUUUGAUCACAUUCAGCAUGUUUUUUUUUUUUUUUUUUGAAUUGCGCUUUUGUAUGUGCGAAGC